CUGCAAUAAUCCAACCCGUGCGUGGUUUGUUGUCCCUUACAGUAGACGCAAAUGGUUCACUAUCAGUCUCAAGAGAGUCAAGAUAGAUAGACCUUCGAGCCUCAAAACUCCGCUCGCAAUGAUUGGUCUAAAGUCAAACGUGGGGUCGGCGUUGCCUAUCAGAACUCCAGUCAUUUUACUGUUACUCGAUACCACUACAGAACGGCUACAGUAUUCAGAUCACAACCGAAAACUCCAUAAGAAGUAGUUUAUUCUCUCCUUACAAACGACCACCUCCACUGCAUCCCCUCAGAGAGUCACGUUCACCAUGUCCUCCGACACGGAAUACAAGCUAGAGAAUGUUGCCGCCACGGUCAUCGAGUCGGACAAGAUUGAUGCAACCUUUCGAUCUUCUACUAUAGGUGAGAGCAAUUUCGUAAUGUCGCGGCUGUGCUCAUCGUGACCUUGAAAGACAACUAAGCAAUGCUCCGAUGCUUCAUGGGUCAUCCAAAGCCACUGUUGCCUUGGGAUCAGCAUGGUGGGCAAAACACAUGUGAUCUGGGACUGAUGCCGAUGCCUCUUUAGAUCUCAUUUCUGGAGCUUUAGGUGGAAAGGUUCUCUCUUUUUCAGAUGAGUGGUUUGCGGAGGCAUCCAAUCUCCUAACUCCCACUCCACCCAUUCGUCAGCCAGGAAAGAUGGUCUACACUGGCGCCUGGUACGAUGGGUGGGAGACUCGUCGUCACAACACUGCCCCAUUCGACUAUGUAGUCAUUCGUUUGGGGGUUGCUUCCGGUACAGUUGAAGGCAUCGAAGUCGACACAGCCUUCUUUUCCGGUAAUCAUGCACCGGCAAUUUCCGUCGAAGGCGUUUUCAGUUCAAGUGACGAGGAAGUAAUCAGCUGGAAGGGAGAGCACGGGAAAUGGGAAACUAUCCUGGGCUUCCAAGAGUGUGGUCCCUCGAAGCGUUUUGGGUGGAAGUUGGAUAGCCCUACCAAAAAAGCUUACACACAUGUUCGUCUCAACAUGUACCCGGACGGCGGCAUUGCUAGGUUCAGACUCCUUGGUCAUGCAGUUCCCGUCUUUCCCGAGGACAAAGAGGCCGUAUUCGACCUUGCUGCAGCUCAAAACGGCGGAGUAGCUAUCUCAUGUAGCGAUCAGCACUUUGGUGUCAUAGCCAACCUGAUCCUUCCAGGAAGAGGGAAGGAUAUGGGUGAUGGCUGGGAGACUUCAAGAUCUCGAGGAAAGGAUCAUGUUGAUUGGGCCAUCAUCAAGCUAGGAGCAAAGGGAACAAUUCAGAACUUGGUUGUUGACACUGCAUUCUUCCGAGGCAACUUCCCUCAAAAGGCAAAGGUUGAAGCUAUCGACUGGUCGGGUGAAGGAGAACCAGGAGUUGCUGCUGAUGGCUGGGUGGACGUUGUCGUGCCUAGCAAGUGCGGACCGGAUCAGGAGCAUGAGUUUGAAUCAUUGAUCAAGGAUAAGCCAUUUACUCAUGUCAAGCUGGUUAUGAUCCCUGAUGGAGGGGUAAAGCGCAUUCGUGUCUUGGGUAAAAGAACUGUCUAA